AGGUUCUUGUCUCUGGCGGUCGGGAGUGCUUGCGUUCAGAGUCCAGUGGAGGAGGCCGGAGAGUGCUUUUCCCCGCCUGACAGCCAAUGGUGGGAGCCUCCAGUGGUGCUCACAGCUCACACGUGGGAUUGAAGCUCGGAGUCACCGCCCGGACCCACGCCAGGGCCGGGCCAGGGACCGCCAUUCCUGCAGCGGCUUCUACUCCCGCCCGGCUCAGCCCACAGAGGGCAAUGGCGGCGCCCCCGCUGAGGAGACGGGCUGAGGUUGGCGUGACCUUUGAGGACAUUGCCCUGUACUUCUCCAGGGAGGAAUGGAGCCUCCUUGAUGAGGGUCAGAGACAGCUGUACCUGAAUGUGAUGCUGGAGAACUUUGAACUUAUAUCCUCCCUGGGUUGCUGCUGUGGUGCAGAGAAUGUGGAGGCAACGACUGAACAGAAGGUUUCUGUAAGAUUGUCACAGGCAAGGAAUCCCAAGGUAGCCUUGUCAUCCCACAAGAGCCACCCCUGUGAGAGUUGUGGGGUGGUCUUGGGAAACAUUUUCCACAUGAUGGAGCAGCAGGGAACCCAACACCCACAGAUACUGUUGAGGUGUGGGGCGUGUGCAAAACAAUUUUAUUUCCGUGCAAAAUUUCACCAGCAGCAUGUGAAAGAGAAGUCUUUCACUAGAGGUGUGGACAAGAUCUCACUUGCAAACAGCUGCAAUUUCAAUGUGUCCCAGAAUCGUUUCACAUGCGGGGAGGUUGGGCAGGGUGUCCUUACGGGGUCAGGACAUGUCCACCUAAAGGCUACUCAGACCAAGGACAGCCCAACCGCAAUUUCAAUGUGUGGGAUUUCAUUUCAAAGGAGAAGAAAUUAUUACAGUAGAAAAGAAUGUAAGAGAGACAUUAGUUGCACCCACACGUUUAUUCAGGUAAAAGGUGUCCAUCUUGGAAGUGGGUGUUGUGUGUGCUCUGAAUGUGGAAUAUAUUUCACCAAAUAUUCUAGCUUUCAUUAUCAACAGAGUGGUCACACUGGAGAAAAGCCUUAUAAAUGCAGUGAGUGUGGGAAAGCUUUUAUCGCUAAGGCUGACGUUCAUCAACAUCAGAGAGUUCAUACAGGAGAAAAGCCUCAUAAAUGCAGUGAGUGUGGAAAAUCUUUUACCACUACUAGUGACCUUCAUUGUCAUCAGCGUAUUCACACUGGAGAAAAGCCUUAUCAAUGCAGUGAGUGUGGAAAAUCUUUUGCCCGGAGCAAUGCACUUCGUUAUCAUCAGAGAGUUCAUACGGGAGAAAAGCCUUAUAAAUGCAGUGAAUGUGGGAAGUGUUUUAAAAGUAUCAGUGGUCUCCAAUAUCAUCAGAGAGUUCACACUGGAGAAAAGCCUUAUCAAUGCAGUGAAUGUGGGAAAUCUUUUACCUCUAAGAACAUCCUUCAUCAACAUCAGAGAGUUCACACUGGAGAAAAGCCUUAUAAAUGCAGUGAAUGUGGGAUAUCUUUUACCCAGAGCUCUGCCCUCUCUCAUCAUCAGAGACUUCAUACAGGAGAAAAGCCUUAUAAAUGCAAUGAAUGUGGAAAAUCUUUUACCUCUAAGACCCACCUUCAUCAUCAUCAGAGAGUUCAUACAGGAGAAAAGCCUUAUAAAUGUUGUGAAUGUGGGAAAUCUUAUAAAGGCAGAAGUGGUCUCCUAUAUCAUCAAAGAGUUCACAAUGGAGAAAUCCCUAAUGAGUGCAGUUAAUAUGAGGAAUCUCUCAGCCAAAUUUCUAAAUUCGUUCUCCGCAUGAAAUUACAAAUGUGAGAAAUUUCUUAUUUGUGUAGGAAAUGUAGUUUCUUAUUUAGGACUUAAAAAUACUACAAGAAAAUUUGUGAAUCCUCAUUUUUCUGAAUUGUAUCUCAUACAUUUAAUCACCUAUAUUCUGUAAAGUUCCCAUAAGUGUUUUUGCUGUUGUGUUUCUGUGUUUUUAUGUUGGAACACUAUGUAAUUAUGUUGCACGUUCUAACAUACAGAGAUGUCCUGCCAGAUCUAUGUCACUGCAUAUUUCUGUUGCUGAAGGUAUUUCACUUCAACCACCUAUAAGGUCUCUACAGAUGGCAUCAAUCACCAUCCUCAUGUGCCCAGGGAAGUUAAUCUGUUGUCUAAUUUGUUGACGGAAAUGAGGAAUACCUGAGCCCUUCUUUCUUUCUUCUUUCUCUGUCAUGUGUUGCCACAUAGGACUCAUUACGGUUGGCCCCAUAAACAGUGUUGCAGAAGAACUGCCAUUUUCAGGGACAUGCUUUCUGUAGAUGCUAAUGAUGAGUUCAUUGCGUGCCCAAGUCAUCAAUGGAAGAUCUGCCAAUCUCAUGUUCUUUGGCUUGUAAAAUAAUGAAGGCUUUUUCCUAAGACUUCUUUAAUCUGGAGUGUUAUAUUUACUCUAUAGAUUAGUUUAUAAGGAGAUCUGGGCUUUCCAAGCAUGAUGAGGUGAAAAACUUUCAUGGGGUCUCAAACCUUUUUUUUCUUGGGGGAACAGUAUGGUGCAGAAAUUAGCUCAGCAGUUUUUGGCAAAUUUAUACUGCUGCCCUUGUUUUCCUAGGAAGCAUUGUGGACACUACUUCUCAUGUGAAGAUGGAUGCUUUGCGACACAGAGAUCACUCCAAAGAGUGGGUAGCUGGGACAACCUCAAGUAUGUCUGGGAGCAUGAGUUUUUUUUUUCUUGUUUGCAAGCGAUGCUAAUAUGUUUAAAGAGAAUCUCUGGCCCAGGUC